AUGGCGGCGCAGUCGUUGCUAACGGAGUCCGCGGUCGGCUGGUCGAUUUUCGCCUUUGUGCUGCUGGCCAUCCUUGCUUUCUGUUGGGUCUACAUUCGUAAAUUUCAAAGUCGCCAGGAGAGUGAAGUCAUUUCGACCAUCACAGCAAUAUGUGCUCUUGCAAUUGCUUUGAUAACUUCUGCACUUCUUCCAGUGGAUAUAUUCCUCGUCUCAUUCAUGAAGUAUUCCAACGGCACCUACAAGGACUGGGCUGCAAACAACGAGACAAGAGCACAAAUUGAAGACACCGUGUUGUACGGAUAUUAUACGCUUUACUCCAUCAUCCUGUUUUGUGUCUUCCUGUGGAUCCCCUUUGUGUAUUUCUACUAUGAAGAGCGGGAUGAUGACAAUGUCAACAAAUGCUUGCAAGUGAAAAAUGCUCUGAAGUACACAAUUGGAUUUGCCAUUGUCUGUGUGGUGCUCCUCUUAAUUGGAGCUUUCGUUCCGCUUCAACCCCCACCUGGUCAGAACUCCACCCAGUGGGAGAAAGUACAGUACCUGUUUGAAGAGCUGGGGAGCAGCCAUGGUCUUCCCGCUCUAUCGUUCUCCAUCAGCUCGCUGACCUUGAUUGGCAUGCUGGCAGUGAUCACUUACACGGCGUACGGCAUGUCUGUGCUGCCCCUGAAUCUGAUAAAAGGCACACGGAGCGUGGUGUAUGAGCGCCUGGAAAACACAGAGGAUAUUGAGGAUGUCGAACACCAGAUUGAAAAACUGAAAGCCAAGUGCAAGGACGGUCGUCCCCUCUCGUCAAGGGACCGACACAGCCUGCAGGAGCUGGAGGGCAAGCUGCAGGUGCUCCAGCGCCGCGGCAGGCACCUGGAGAUCGCAGAGAGGAACUGCUGCACCAAAGUGGGCAGUGCCCUCAGACCGCUAAAGAUAUUGAUGGGGAUUUUCUUCAUCCUGGUGGCGCUGUUGUUCGUUAUCGCCCUGUUCAUUUCAAAUUUGGACAAAGCCCUCCACUCUGCUGGGAUCAGCUCCGGAUUCAUCAUCUUUGGCACCAACCUGACGAAUCCACUGAACGAACUCCUGUUGGCUCUGCAGCCUGUUUUCCCCUUGGAUUACAUCCUGAUCACAGUCAUCACCAUGUACUUCGUCCUAACCUCCAUGGCUGGCAUCCGCAACAUGGGCAUCUGGUUCUUCUGGAUAAGGCUGUACAAAAUAAGACCUAAGAGAACCCGGCCCCAGGCUCUUCUCUUUCUGUGCAUGAUCCUCCUCUUGAUCGUUCUUCACACCAGCUUCAUGAUCUACAGCCUCGCCCCGCAGUACGUGAUGUAUGGCAGCCAGAAAUACCUUGUGCAGAGCCCAAAGCCCACAGCGGUGCCUGCAUCUGGGAACGCUUCCACUGGGACCACCAAGAUCUGCGAUGCCGAUGCUCCAGAAGAUGAGUGCACAGUGACCAGAACCUAUCUCUUCCUCCACAAGUUUUGGUUUUUCAGCACCAUCUACUACUUCGGUAACUGGGUAUUUAUUGGGGUUUUCCUCGUGGGUCUGGUGGUGUCCUGCUGCCGAGGGAAGAAGUCGGUGAUUGAAGGAGAGGUGGAUGCUGAUGACUCGGACAUGAGUGAUGACGAAGUGAAAUUCUGCUACCAAAGCAAUAAACCAACUGGAGUGGAGUCUGUCGGCAGGAAGGCACGCUUGUCUUUCAGGGUGGGGUCUCUAACACGACAAUAACAAGACCAAGGAAACAAAAGACCUAAACGGUUUUCAGAAGCAAUAUUCUAUUUAUUUAUUUAGUGGGGUUUUCUUCUUUUUUUGGGGGGGGGGGUGGAAACUCAUUACUUCAGUUGCAUCCUACAAUAAUGCAUUAAUUAAUUACUAAACAUCAACACAUUGAGUUGCAGCAUAUUAUUGUCAUGUAAUAAUAACAUUUUAAAGUGGGGACGCCAUCGUCCACGUGUGUGAGUGGAUUCUGGGGGAAAUCUCCCAGAAUGCACCUCAGGCGACACUGAUGCAGCUGGAGAGCCGUGCCGUGCCAUGGCGGAGGUGUGGUACCUGACGGGUGGGGUUCAGCAGAGCUCCUCAUCUCCCCCCCCUCCCUCUCCAUGGGCGUAGCCUGGAGGAGUGUUUGAGGAGGGUUAAUACUCAGUAGUGCGGCGUUGGAAGGAGCACCGGUACGAAAGAGAAGCUACCUGUUGUUUGCGGUGGACUGAGGGUUUUUGACGUGGCUUGGUUUGUCUGGCGGGUCACCACACUGGUGGAUUCACUGCUGUAUUUCUGUUCAUUUGCUCAGCCGUUAGCUGUUGUGCAACUGCGUGUUACUGUACUUGCGUACUUGCACAGUGUUUCGACUAUGAAAAGGACCAAUUGUCAUGUUUUAAGGUCUCGCUUCUUUUUGACGUGAAGCUGAAUUGGGGUUAAUAGGUUUGUCCCGUUGUGUCCUGAGUGCAGAAUGAAUUUAAAAUCAAUUAUUCACGAGAGGAAUGUCAUCCGCUUUUAACUGAGGAGGAGGUUUUCCCUCUGCGCUCAGGGUCGUUGGUCUUUGGCUUCUUAACAUUACUGACGGUGACGCUCUGCUUUUCCCAUGUUAAAUGUUUGCCGUGUUCAUUUGCUGGUUUUAUGUUUUCCUCACAUGGAUAGACUGAAUGUAAGAUUAAACAAAAUAUGUGUUGAUUUAAAGGAGACAUUAACAUUGUGUAAUGGCAAGUUAGAGCCACAUUUUUGAAUUUCAACCAUUUUUAUUUGGGAAUUGAAAACUUCUGUCUCACACAUGUUCGUUCGUUGCUGCUGUUUCUGCGAUACCAGGCCGAGACCCACAAGCUGGCCAGAUUCAGACCCAACCAGGCAAACUGUGAUCUGUUUUACUCGUCAUUGUGUUUAAACGCUUUCUUCUUAGGUUGCUUGAGUUACGGUGUCAUGUGCUAUGCAAGCCUUAGACUCUCCAUCACAUGUUGUUUGACCUGACUGGAUUAUUAAACUGCAAGGUUGUUCUAAUCUGAUAUAAUAUGAUAUAAUUUCAUGUCAUGAAAUAAAAAUGAA